AUCUCCAGAAAAGUUAAUUCAUGAUGGAUCAUGGAAGGAGACUGAAGAAAUUGCAGGUGUCGUAAAGGAAAUUUUUAGUGCUCUUGAGGAUAUUUGGAAUAAUCCAGCUUUUGAUCCUGAUGUAUCGAAGUUAUUAAAUGAGGGAACUUACCAGUAUACUGUUAUUGUCGAGCAGUAUUGA